AUGCAGAGAACGCACAGUUUAUUUUUUUCUACGGGAUACGUCACUGACAACAGUCCUCGUUUCAAACACUCAUAACAUUUCAUUUGUGGCGAGAUGGCGUCGAAUAACGGUCGUGUGUUACUGGCAAUAUAUGCCAUCGGAAUAACGCUCAGUUUCGGCGAAGAACUUUAUAAGAAACCGGAAAUUACGUUCUUGCACAUCGACUCUGAUGUCAAGUACCGGUUCGCUACGACGAAGGUGAGCAGUCGGCUGAAGAAUCCACGAAACCAGACUACGGAAGCGAUCAUUGACGUCACACUUCCGAAUGAGGCGUUCAUUACAAACCUUACACUCGAAAUCGAAGAGAGGAUCGUAGUGGGUGAGAUCAAAAAGAAGGAUGUCGCUAAGCAGGAGUAUGAACAGGCGAAGGCACAGGGACAAAGUGCAGGAUAUAUCGGCACAAAGAGCAGGGAGACGAACCGGUUCCAGCUGGCAGUGUCCGUGGCGGCGCACGGCAAGAUCUCCUUUAACCUCACUUAUCAGGAGCUGCUCAAGCGCAAGCACGGACACUACGAACACGUGGUGUACAUUGACCCGGGACAGGCCGUGGCGGAAAUGAAGGUGAGUGUGUCAAUCAUGGAGUCGAGGAACAUCACUAAACUGCGCAUACCGCCGCUAAGAAAUGACAUCGAAGCAAACAUUAUGGACUUGUCCACUAUCACUCGCAUCGCCAAACCCUCACCGAAAGAGGCGUUUGUCCAGUUUGCGCCUAGUGUAGACUUUCAGAAGAAUCAGACAGAGAGCGGUAUGGCGGGACAGUUUGUGCUGCAGUACGACGUGGAACGGUCAAUGGACAAAGCAGAUCUCUUGCUAGUGAACGGGUACUUUGUACAUUUCUUCGCACCCGAGGGCCUUCAGCCAAUCCCGAACGAUGUCCUCUUCAUUCUUGACGUCAGUGGCUCGAUGCGGGGAGCGAAAAUGACACAGCUGAAGGAGGCAAUGAAGUCAAUUCUAGGGCAGUUAAAUGGAAGUGACAGUUUCAACAUCGUCACUUUUAGUGACAAGUUCUACGCUUGGGAGACCAACAUGGUUGACAUUGCCGACGAGGACGUGAAAGAACGAGCGCUUGCAUAUGUCGACACCCUGCAACCGGAUGGAUGGACAGACAUUGAAAUGGCGCUGAGGAAAGGUAUUGAACUGCUAAAACCAAAUGACACCAGCGGGCGCGAGUCUAAAAAACCCGUCAUCAUGUUCCUAACUGACGGCGAAGCCACCGCAGGCGUUGUUGUUCAGGCGGAUAUCCUCGCAAGCAUUCAAAAGACCAACGAAGGCAACAUUCCAAUAUUUUGUCUUGCUUUUGGUGAAAGUGCUGACUACACUCUGACGAAGAAACUUGCCGCCCAGAACAACGGCAUUGGUCGCAAAAUUUAUGAGGCUUCGGACGCCGCCAUGCAGAUUGCUGGUUUCUACAACGAAAUCGCCGUCACCCUCUUAAGUAACGUAACAUUCCAGUACCUGGACGCGCCACCACAGACUCUUACGCAGACGCACUUUACGAACUACUUUAACGGAUCGGAACUGGUCGUCAGCGGUUUGUAUGAGGGAUCGAACACAAAUCAAGGACUGGCAACGCUGAGAAUGCGGGUCAGUGGAAACACUGCGAAUAAAAGAAACUCAGAUAUUGUCAUCGUGACUGAAAACAUCGUUGAGAAUACCGUCGAAAAAAUGACCCAUGUGGGGGUUUAUGAACAAAUAACGGAGAAGGUCUGGGCGUAUCUUACCAUAAAACAAUUGCUUCAAAAGGAAGUCGCAGCCAUCGAUGCAGAAAAAAGCGAUGCGUUGAAGAAACAGAUCGUCGGGAUGUCAAUGAAAUAUGGCUUCGUGACGCCGCACACCUCUAUGGUAGUCACUGAACUGAAGCGAAGAAGCGGCAUCGCGGAAUAUAGUGAAGACAAUGCCGAAGAUGACCUACAUGGGGGAAUGCAGCACAGUCAAUCCCGUCACAUGGCAAGUCCUUUGGCGAUGCCGUCCAUGAUGUUUGACUCAAUGGCGCGCACAUCACGCAUACAAGCGAACAAAGAUUUAGGUAUCAUGUCAUCGCCAAAUCAUAAGACCAAACCAGACAGUACCCGGACCAGACGUCCGAAAAUCACUCCUAGUCCUCAAACACCUAAAACCACAAAAGCCGCUAAGACGAAGAACACCGGGGGAAAGGGCAAAGGCAAAAAGUACCCUAAAUUGAUACUGUGGAAUCAAACGAUAAACAUAACGUUGUGCAAGGAUUUGGAUUCUAACCACAAAGAGCUUUUACUGUAUAUGGACACAGCAAAAGACCUUAACAUCACUGCCGUUUUGAAUGAGCGUAUAAUCGAAAAAGUGAUUCUGCAGUGCGGACAUGUGAAUGUUACCAUCGACAAAGAGUUUGUUGAACGCUCCGUAAAUGUCAGCGACCGAGCGGCUAUGUGGAAUAUCACAGGACCUCACAGGAUUAACGCAGCAUCGGAGAAACCCAAACAACUGCGAGUGGAUUUGGAUGCCUUUUCUAUGUCCAUAUCGCAAACAAUGUCCAUUAAAGUGUUCCGCUCCGGCAGGAAUGGACCGUUGAUGGAGUUGGGAGAAAUCGGUAAAAUUAUGUCGGGCUCGAUGAAGUUAGAAAUCCACCCAACCGACGACAAAGUAGGGACAUUCAUUACUAGCAGCGGGAAACACAAAGUGACCCUUGUUAAGACCGGCACAGAGGUAAAGUGGUGCUGGAAAGGGGACUUCUAGCUGUGAACUUUGAACCUUGAUCCCAGUGUGACCGCCGUUACCAACGGCCUAUAUAUAAAGAUGUUCAGUUGAACGUAUACUUACAAAGAUUUAUUGAGGCUUUGUUUAACUUGUUUGAUGUAAAAUGCAUUAAUAAUAUGGUAGAAAAUACAUAUACCAGUGUAUCUAGUAAA